AAAUAUUUCUUUUAUCUUGAAUGGCAAAUAUUCAAUAAUUCUGGCAACAAUGUGUCAAUCGUACGCAGCAACAAGUUUAAAAUAUUUAUCAUAUGAAUCACUUAAAUGUGAAAAAUGCGAAGAAUGCUGUUUCUUAGGGAUUUAGUUUGAUGAUUGCUUAAUUUUGCCGUGUACUUCAUCUCAUAUAUCAAUAAUACUUUUGUACCAGCGUAAAAACAAUAGAAAAAAAGUGAAACAAUGUUAAAUAUUUGCAAACAGUUUGGCAUCAAAGCUCGCGGAAAUGUUUGGAUAAUGUGUAGAUAAAUGUUGAUUGAUAAAAACUCCUUGUAUCGAGGAAACUGUGUAUGAAUUCCGGACUGAUAUUAAUCUCGUGAAAUUUUAACAAAAUGGAUAGUGACGAUCCAAUAAAAUGUGGCUAUUUGAUUUUGCCUCCUAAUAAGAAAAAGAAACCUCAACGUAAAUUUUAUUGUUUACAUAAAGCUAGCAAAUUGGGUAUUGCCAGAUUAGAAGUGUUCGAGAACAGUGAUUCAGUUGGCAAAUCAGAUUCUAAAAUUUUACCAUUGAAUAAUUGUAUUAAAAUUACACACAAAACAGCAACCGUAUUUGGGAUAACAACUAAAACGGAUGUCUACGAAUUUGAAGCCCUAGAUGAAAGUGAUAAAAAUUCUUGGAUUGAAGCAUUACAGUCUGUCAUAUUCCCAGAUGAUUCUUCAAAAAUCACAUCUAUUGAAGAAGAUAAUGAUUUGUACUGCUCCUCUGGUGAUGGUAUCUAUUUUGUUAAGAUAUUAAGCACCCCAGUUUCAGUAGCAUGUGGAUUGGAUAAUAAACAAUUCACUCUAAUAAUAAAUCCAAUGGAAUUGCAACUGAAAAACUAUGCAGGCAAAACUCUAUUUACAUGGCCUUAUCACUACAUACGGAAGUAUGGUAUAAAAAAUGGCAAAUUUACAUUUGAAGCAGGAAGAAAAUGCAGUUCUGGAGAUGGUAUAUUUCUUAUCGAUCACCCUAAUCAUGAUGAAAUUUUCAGAUCUGUGAGUUCAAAAAUGAAAUCAAUGAAAAAUAGACUCUCAGCAGAGGUGGAUUCGGAAUUUCCAUGCGUAUCUAUGGAAGCCAGAUCUAGAAGCCCCCUUUCACCGGCUGCCGAUGGUUUCACGUCGUUCAGCGACAGCAGAUUAGAAUCUGUGAUAAAAUCAAAAUUGCCAACACCAUCAAAACCUCCAAGAAAAUUGUUGAUGCCCCCAAAACCAACUUCAAUACCAGAUCCAGAUUAUGAACCCAUUAAUACGUCAUAUGAUGAAAUUGAAUACAGAAAUAACGCUUGGCGUACAAUGGGUGUUGACGACAUCAAUCAUACGGAGUGCGAAGCCGCAACUGAACCAGAGGAAAUAUACAACGAUUCAUGGGGCAAAGAAAAACCGCAGAAAAUAUUGCAACAAUCCAAACCCAGUAAUUUGGCGCCGACAGUAAUCACCCAGAAAUCCGUCACAGACGACAAUUAUGACACACUGGAUUUCUUCAGUUCGACAACGAAACUUGCAACAAAUUCAAGUUACAAACAAGUGAAUCCUCCACCCAUAGCACCAGUUAUCGAACCUCCGAGUUUCAACGAGUACGACGAAGUGGAAACUUGCCUUCAAGGUGUUAGAUUGGCGGAUGAUUCUCACUUGGGUUAUGCCUCGAUUAGGAAGGAACCUCCCAAGCAAACGCCGGUGCCCAAAAAGACGAAUAAGAAAGAUGUACAUCACCAAUUUCACAACGAUGAACCGUACGCGGUUAUUAGUAAGCCUAAACAAGUCUAGUCUGUAUAUUUAUAAAUAUGACGAGGUUUACGUGAGAAUAUGCAGUUCUAAACUGCUUUUGUAGGACCAAAACACCUCAAGUGUUGCUCAAAUAAAAUUUUUGCAUAUUAAAUAGUUAUACACAUGAUUAUCGAAUUACUGCUUUUUAUAUUUCAAUAUUGUAUUUUUUGAGAUAGUGUUAAAAUAUAUAACUUUGUAUAUAUAUAUACUUUCAUUGCACAUAAAUUGUAAUGAAUGUGGGUGAUAUUUUACUAGUGCCAAGCAUCACACAACAAUUUAUUUUAAUUGUUUUUUAAAUUGAAUGAAUAGGCUAUAAACUUAAUUUUGUAUUAUAUUAUUAUGUAAGCCAAAGAAUCUGUAUUAUUGUGCCAUGUAAGAUAUUAGUUACCAGUGAUAUCUUUUAUAAUUGGCAAUAUUUUUAUACUUUUGUAGAUAUAAGCUUAUUUUAGUAUUUUACGAAAUAUGCCUUGUUACUUAAUGUAAGUUAAAUAAAAAUAUAUUUACAUCACAUCUG